AUGUCUGCGGAAACUACUCCCCAUGACUACAGUGGGAGCAUCGACACUCCUCCAGAUCUACCGGCGGGAUGGAAGUACAGGCAGCGCCGCAUUUUCGGCCGCAGCAUUCCCUGGUAUGCCUCGCCCAGCGUCCAGUUGCUGUUGGUGGCAUUCGUCUGUUUCAUGUGUCCCGGAAUGUUCAACGCCCUCGGGGGCUUAGGUGGUGGUGGAAAGACGGACGCUACUUUGGCAGACAACAUGAACACGGCUCUUUACAGUGCUUUCGCAGUCUUCGGCUUCUUUGGUGGUACGUUUAUCAACAAGCUCGGUGUAAGAUGGACCCUUGCUUUUGGAGGCAUCGGAUAUUGCAUCUACGCCAUUAGCCUGUUGGUCUCGGUUCACGCCAGCGUUGCCGGCUUCAAUCUCUUCGCUGGCACAUGGCUCGGUAUUUGUGCCGGUCUUCUGUGGACUGCUCAGGGUACCAUCAUGAUCUCCUACCCUACUGAGGAACAAAAGGGGAGGUACUUCGCUUGGUUCUGGGGUAUCUUCAACAUGGGUGCUGUUAUUGGCAGCUUGAUUCCCCUCGGCGAGAACAUCCACGUAAAGACUAACACCACUGUUUCUGACGGUACUUACAUCGGUUUCAUCGUCUUGAUGUUCAUUGGUGCUCUACUUGCUCUUUGCCUCUGCAACGCUAGCGACAUUAUUCGACCCGACGGCAGCCGUGUCAUCUUGAUGAAGCAUCCUAGCUGGCAGUCUGAGCUGAUCGGUCUCUGGGAAACCCUCCGAUUCGAGCCAUUCGUUGUCCUCCUUUUUCCCAUGUUCUUCUCCUCCAACUGGUUCUACGUCUACCAGCAGAACUCGGUCAACGGCGCUCACUUCGAUACCCGAACCAAGGCUCUUAACAGUCUCUUAUAUUUCUUGGCUCAGAUCAUUGCAGCUGCCAUCUGGGGAUACCUUCUUGACGUCCAGGGCAUUCGCCGUUCUGUCCGAGCCAAGAUCACCUGGGUCGUUCUCUUGAUCCUCACUUUCGCCAUUUGGGGUGGCGGGUACGCCUAUGAGAAGACAUACACUCGCGCCACCGUCGAUCACAAGCUCAACCCCGAUUUUGUCCCAACUGACUGGGAGACCCCCGGCUAUGUCGGCCCAAUGUUCCUGUAUCUCUUCUACGGCUUCUACGAUGCCGCUUGGCAAGCCAGCGUAUACUGGUUCAUGGGCGCUCUCUCCAACUCUGGUCGUCGCUCUGCCAACUACGUUGGCUUUUACAAGGGGAUUCAGUCUUGCGGUGCGGCUAUUGUGAACAAUCUCGAUGCCCGCAAGCUCUCCUACGAGAAGGAAUUCAUCAGCAAUUGGGUUCUCCUGAGCGCAUCCCUCGUUGUCGCCGCCCCUGUCAUCUUCCUCAAGAUUCGUGACCACAUCGAUGUCCAGGACGAUGUGGCAGGCACGGACGAGACUAUAGCUGAUGUUCUCCCCGCUAACCAUCCUGAGAAGGUCGUGGCUUAA